AUGGUCAUUUGUAUCGCUACCGUUUCGUACUCCAGGUUUCGAGAUGAACCUGACCAACAGAGUAGGGAAGUUCCGAAAGAAGCACCCGAGGAAAUCUGUCUUGCAGAGCAGCCUCCGAAUGCCAUCGUUCUUCAAAGGUCGAGGAGGCGCGUCAUUCGCAAAUACUCUUCCAAACCUGCAACCGCAAACGGCUCUAGCAACGGUCCACAAGGACUGCCCUCCGCCUCCGCAACUCGUGCCGACGGCGUUGUCCAUGAUGCCUGCAAAACGGCCAACACUCGCCGGCGGCGGACUCCAUUUCAGUCAUCGAUGGAUCAUCCAUCAAAACGUAAGUCAAUGCGUAGGCGGAGUUUCGACUUGGACGAAAUCGUCUUCGACGACAGUUAUCGUCCAAAGGUAAAGAAACCUCUCUGCAAGGAAAUUGCAAUUCCCAACUGGCUGUUGGCAGUCACAAUCGACGAUGACGUGUUAAACGAGGACUCGAACGACUAUACAGAAGAUAUAGAAGAUAUGUCUGACGAAGCGUUCAUGAAGCGUCAUAGGCCGUUGGAACUGAACGAGAGAAGACUACUUCAGCUUAAUAUUGUCUCCGGCGCGCGUCGCAAAAAGCGGCAUAAACCCAGCGUUCCACGCACUAGUAAUUCUACCAGUCCAGUAGUUAAGCGAAGCCAGUCUGAGGGUACUGAGACCGAGGCACGGUCUUUGGCCGCGACCGAUCGCGCUGAUCACAAUUAUGUGAAAAGAGCGUAG